AUGCCCUCGUUCAUCCCACUGGUACUGGUCUGGGCCCUCGUUCUCGCCACAGUAGUACGCACUACCCCUCAUCCUGAAGUAGGACCGCAGCCCGGAGUGGACAAGUCAAUCGGCGAUAUCACCAAAGACCUGCAAGGCUACGUCUUGUCAGCAUUGGGUGCCAACACGGCCAAUUGGGAAGGAGCAUGGAGCGCUCAGCUUACUUUCAAGUGCGUAGACUUCAUGAGUCUUGUUAUCGUGCGCGCGUGCGAGCUGUUGACCAUCCCUUGUCUUCCACCUCUGCACAGCCGGACCUUUGACACUCAGGCACCGAUAGCCCUCUUUGACACUCUACAGGCCAUCUCGAAGGAGGUGACCACUCACGACUACUACUGGUUCCAGGGACGUGCACCGGCCUUAGUAGUCGGCAACUUUGACACGAGGGGCUACAUGUCCUUUGCAAAUGAACUGACACUGAAGACUGUGGUGGGCAAUGCCCGUCAAUUAGGCCUUGCGCCGAUUGUAAGAGCUGGGGUUAUCACAGCCAAAGACUGUUGGAAAAGCGCAUGCCAGGCUCUCCUUGGUCGCAUGUGAGUCCUCACUGCUGCCACGCCUUGCCGUGCCUUUCUAGCGCGUUGACGAUGCAGUGUCUUUACGCCAUCAGGCCGUCGGCCGACCCCAGCACGAAGAAGCUCCAUACUGGAUGUCUGUACAUCGAUGGCAGGCUUGGCCUUGUAGAAGCAGCCUAUGGCUAG